CUCUCUCUCUCUCUCUCUCUCUCUACAGGAAAUUUCUUGGUGUUGACGGGGGAGGAGGAGGGGAGUGCCUAAUAACGGCAAGCCAGCGCAUAGACGGGAGAUACGGAGAGAACCCAGCCGGCUCCCAACCACCGCCACAGAAUAUUCCGUCUGCUCUUAACAGUAUAGCAUAGCUGCCCCUUCGGUCCUUGCUAUAAAAAAGACCGAUUCCCCUUCUCUUUCGUCCAUCCCCAAAACCGAAGCUCAGGUCAGCUCAGCUCAGCAGCGGGGAAAGAGAGAACCAGGCGGUCAGUCCAAUUCCUCCUUCUUUCACCUCCUCUCCUAUUUGGUUGCUCAGAAAGUGGCAGUGGCAGCUUCGUCUUCCUGAAAGUAAGCGGCCAUGGCCAAUAAGCAGCUCCAGGUGCUGGACGCACUUGAUGCUGCCAAGACUCAAUGGUACCACUUCACUGCCAUCGUCAUAGCCGGUAUGGGUUUCUUCACCGACGCCUAUGACCUCUUCUGCAUAUCCCUCGUCACCAAGCUCCUCGGCCGCAUCUACUACUUCGAUUCCACCUCUGCCAAGCCGGGAACCCUUCCCCCCAACGUUUCCGCUGCCGUCAACGGCGUCGCCUUCUGCGGUACCCUCGCCGGCCAGCUCUUCUUCGGGUGGCUCGGUGACAAGAUGGGAAGGAAGAGAGUGUAUGGUCUUACGCUUCUUCUGAUGUUCGUCUGCUCCAUAGCCUCGGGCCUCUCCUUCGGCAAAAGCCCGACCGCCGUGAUGGCCACGCUGUGCUUCUUCCGCUUCUGGCUGGGGUUCGGCAUCGGCGGCGACUACCCGCUUUCCGCCACCAUCAUGUCCGAGUACGCCAAUAAGCGCACCAGGGGGGCCUUCAUCGCCGCUGUGUUCGCCAUGCAGGGGUUCGGCAUCCUCGCCGGAGGGAUCGUCUCCAUCAUCGUCUCCACGGCGUUCGACAAAAGGUUUCCGGCACCCGCCUACGCAGUCGAUCGCGCGGGAUCGACCGUCCCGCAGGCCGACUACAUCUGGAGGAUCAUCCUGAUGUUCGGCUCCUUCCCGGCGGCGCUCACCUACUACUGGCGGAUGCAGAUGCCGGAGACGGCAAGGUACACGGCGCUGGUGGCGAAGAACGCGAAGCAGGCGGCGGCGGACAUGUCGAAGGUGCUCCAAGUCCAGUUCGAGAGCGAGCAGGACAAGGUCGAAGUCAUGACCACCGGUGACAACCACAACUACGGCCUGUUUAGCCGGCAGUUCAUGAAGAAACACGGUCUGCACUUGCUCGGAACCGCCUCCACCUGGUUCCUCCUCGACAUCGCGUUUUACAGCCAGAACCUCUUCCAGAAGGACAUCUUCUCCAGCAUCGGGUGGAUCCCCAAGGCCGAGAAGAUGAACGCCAUCCACGAGGUGUACCGCAUCGCCCGCGCACAGACGCUCAUCGCCCUCUGCUCCACCGUCCCGGGCUACUGGUUCACCGUCUUCUUCAUUGACGUCGUCGGCCGCUUCGCCAUCCAGCUGAUGGGCUUCUUCUUCAUGACCGUCUUCAUGUUCGCACUGGCCAUCCCCUACAACCACUGGAAGCAGCCGGACCACCGCAUCGGCUUCGUGGUCAUGUACGCCCUGACCUUCUUCUUCGCCAACUUCGGCCCCAACGCGACCACCUUCGUCGUCCCCGCUGAGAUCUUCCCGGCGAGGCUCAGGUCGACCUGCCACGGCAUCUCGGCCGCGUCCGGGAAGGCGGGUGCGAUCGUCGGCGCCUUCGGGUUCCUGUACGCGGCGCAGAGCAGGGACCCCACCCAGACCGACCGCGGCUACCCUCCGGGCAUCGGAGUGAAGAACGCCCUCAUCGUGCUCGGCGUCGUCAACGCCCUCGGGUUCUUGUUCACCUUCUUGGUCCCCGAAUCCAAGGGUCGGUCCCUCGAGGAGAUGUCGGGCGAGGCGGAGGACGAGGAGGCGCAGCCGUCGGGCGAGUCCCGCUCUGCUCGAACCGCCUCGGUUCAGUACGGUUUCAGUUCUUAGAGGUAUUGUCACCGGCGACGACAGAGAGAUUGUGGGGAAAUAUGGCCGCACAGCCGACGAUCUCGAUCCCUCACGUCCUUCUUCUUGCGUGCACAGUCUGUCAGACGUUUUCAUUCUUUUUUGUCUUUCUUAGUUUCUUGAUUCUCCUUCUCUUUCUCUCUUCCGUCCUAUCAGUUGCUUGGGAUACGUGUAAUAUGAUUUUGAAGAUUAAUAAGUACAAGAAACCGAAGGUGAAAAUGCA